AUGCCAGAGCGCCGCAAGAGCGCCACGACGAUUGAGUUCAUGAUGAAGUUCAGAGAGCCCGAGGAUGAGGCAGCGUUGGCGACGGGAGAGGAGGCGGAGUUGGCGGCGGCGCUCGAGGAGAGCGCGAGGCUGGAGGUCGGGGCGACGCGUGCGGCGGGGGAUCAGGCGCGAGUCGCCGAGGGCGCUUCGUCACCGGCGGCGGAGGCGCCGCCUGAGGGGGGGGAGGAGCCGCCGGACGACUUCAUCUGCCCGAUCACGACCGAGCUGAUGAGCGACCCGGUGAUGGCGGCGGACGGGCAUGCUUACGAGCGGUCGGCGAUCGAGCGCUGGCUCGCGACCAAGUCGACGAGCCCUCUGACGGGCGGCGCGCUCGAGCACCCAUACCUCACCCCCAACCACAUGCUGCGCCGUCAGAUCCGGGACUGGGAGGGGGCGCGCAAGGCAAUUUGA